UAGGUGCGGUUUUUUCGCAUAAAACGCUUUCUCACUUCGAUUCAAACCAUUCUCCACUGUCUCUCUUCUCUCUCUCUAUUCGAAACAUUUAAGAGAGAGAAACAGAUACACAGAGUCACACAGAGACAUAAACGAAAAACCUUAUUCGCUUCAAUCUUAAUCUUCGAUUUCUCUUUGUUUUUCGAUCUCACAUUUUAGUUUGUAUAAUUAUAAUUAUACACAGCAAUGUCAACCGCUCCAGCGCCGUCUUCGCCGCCGUCUACCAACACCACCGCGCCUCCGCCGUCAACUCCGGCUACGCCUUCCGCUCCUCCGCCCGCCACACCUUCCGCGCCACCUCCAGCAACUCCCUCGUCUCCGCCGCCGGCAAUUCCGUCCUCUCCACCACCUUCAACUCCAGCGACUCCCUCCGCGCCACCUCCGUCAACCCCGGCGACUCCCUCCGCUCCUCCGCCGUCCACUCCUUCGUCCUCUCCGCCGCCUCCAAGCACGCCGUCAACCACGCCACCGUCGACCUCUCCGCCGUCGCCUCCGUCGCCUUCGCCUCCCAGCGGCGGCAACACUCCGAGUCCGCCGUCUCGGAGCUCGCCCUCUCCACCGUCCGGAUCGAACCGGACCACGCCGGCAUCGCCGUCUUCGUCGUCGAGUAUUUCGACCGGUGUGGUUGUCGGAAUCGCCGUCGGCGCCGUAGCGGUUCUUCUCGUGCUUAGCAUUCUCUGCAUAUGCUGUCGGAAGAAGAAGAGAAGACGCGACGAAGAGUACUAUCCUCAGCCGCCGCCGCCGCCGCGGGGACCCAAAGAUGAUCCAUAUGGUGGUCCUCCACGUCAAUGGCAACAAAAUGUCCAACCUCCUCAGAAUCAUGUGGUCUCAAUGAUGCCUCCUAAACCAUCACCUCCGCCGGCUGCACCACCGGCCUAUGCUGCUCAACCUCCGCCACCGCCACCGCCUUUCAUAAGCAGCAGUGGUGGGUCAGGAUCAAACUAUUCGGGUGGUGAACCACUUCCUCCUCCCUCUCCAGGAAUAGCAUUGGGGUUCUCCAAGAGCACGUUCACGUACGAGGAGUUGGCACGUGCUACCGAUGGCUUCUCCGAUGCCAACCUCCUUGGACAAGGUGGAUUUGGAUAUGUGCACAGAGGGAUCCUUCCCAAUGGCAAGGAGGUGGCAGUGAAGCAAUUGAAGGCUGGAAGUGGUCAAGGGGAGCGUGAGUUCCAAGCUGAGGUUGAGAUAAUUAGCCGUGUCCAUCACAAGCACCUUGUUUCUUUGGUUGGAUACUGCAUCACUGGGUCCCAGAGGCUGCUUGUCUAUGAAUUUGUUCCCAACAACACAUUGGAAUUCCAUUUGCAUGGAAAAGGGCGUCCUACCAUGGAUUGGCCCACAAGACUAAGAAUUGCUUUAGGAUCUGCUAAGGGACUGGCCUAUCUUCAUGAAGAUUGUCAUCCUAAGAUCAUCCAUCGCGAUAUCAAAGCUGCCAACAUCCUUCUGGAUUUUAAGUUUGAAGCAAAGGUUGCAGAUUUCGGUCUUGCAAAGUUCUCUUCCGAUGUCAACACUCAUGUUUCUACUCGAGUGAUGGGAACUUUUGGGUAUCUGGCUCCAGAAUAUGCUUCUAGUGGAAAACUCACAGACAAGUCAGAUGUUUUCUCCUAUGGAGUCAUGCUCCUCGAGUUGAUAACUGGACGGAGGCCAGUUGAUAAAAAUCAAACUUUCAUGGAGGAUAGUUUGGUAGACUGGGCGAGGCCUUUGCUCACACGAGCUUUGGAAGAGGACGAUUUUGAUUCUCUGAUCGACCCCAGGCUCAUGAAUGAAUAUGAUCCUAAUGAGAUGGCACGUAUGGUGGCAUGUGCCGCGGCUUGCACGCGUCAUUCAGCAAAGCGUCGACCAAGGAUGAGCCAGGUUGUACGUGCUCUGGAAGGAGAUGUGUCUCUUGCAGAUCUUAACGAAGGAAUCAGACCUGGACACAGCACUAUGUACAGUUCUCAUGAAAGCUCAGAUUAUGACACUGUACAGUACAAGGAAGACAUGAAAAAGUUCAGGAAAAUGGCACUGGGGACUCAGGAGUAUGGUGCAAGCAGUGAGUACAGUGCAGCCACAAGUGAGUAUGGUUUAAACCCAUCUGGCUCAAGCAGUGAAGCACAGAGUCGCCAAACCACAAGGGAAAUGGAAAUGAGAAAGAUGAGGAACAGUCAAGGUUUCAGUGGAAGCUCUUGAGACAACCUUGGCAUCUGUCUCUACCUUUAUCUCUUGUAUAAAAUCUAUAAAUCCUUGAUUUCUUGCCAAUGUCACAGUUGAUUGAUUGCUUUUUACUGACAUCUUUGAAGAGACUUACCUGUUACCACCAAUUACUAUCAUUUUUUUCCCCUUCACAUAUAAUCAUCAUCUUUUGAAUUGUAUUUAUCAGGGUAUACACAAAAAUAACACAGUUCGAUUCUUUCAUUUUUA